UUCGCGGGUACCUCGGCCGGGGUCUGCGGGAGAGGCCUGGAAAAGACAAUGGGCGCAUUCUCCAGGUUUCGCGCCUUGGGUGGGGACCCUCGGGAUAAUCUCCAAAGAACACUUUCCUAUCCCCUCCCCGGGUGAGCGACAUUGCCGCGUGGGUCAGGUACACGUCGCGUCGGUGACCCCGGCCAGGCUUUGUGGAGGGAUGGGGUUAGUGCUGCCCUCGCUGCGAAAAAAUGGAUUUUGUUUUGCCAGUUAUUAUGGUUACUGAUGUCGUCGCCAUCAUCCUCAUCCUCAUCGUCAUCAUCAUCCUUUUUAAUUAAAGUAAUCGUUCAGAAGCGAAGCGGCUUGUCCCUUUUAGCUUCUUUGGAGCGAUAACAAAGCAGCGCCGUUUCCCGCCCCCCACCCCCCGCUCUAUUUUUUAAGUUGCUGAGCUUGGGGUUGGGAGAGAAAAUGGAGAGAGGGACGGACACACAGAUUCUGUCAUAAAGCAAAAAUUAACCCAACCUAAGAUACGGGACUGAGUGAAUUCUCCCUUCUUCCCACCCCUCCCCCCAUUUCGAUUAGAAGAGGAGAAAGAAAAUCUCCCGCAUUGGACUGAAACUGCAGGGAAGAAUUAUUCCUGUAUUUCUACCAAAGCUGGGGUAAAAAAAGAGUCCUUUGGAAUUAAUCCAAGGCUUCGAUGUGUAAUCAUAAACUGGACAAUUUAGGCAAAACAAAUUAAAACCCUUCGGAGGAAAAAAAAAAGCAGCCUAAAUCUCACUACACUACACCCUGGGAAGCAGUAUUGGAUUUGUGUUUAUCCUUCCUCCCUUUGCCUUGUUUACUGCUGCAAGGAAUUACUAGAAUUCUCCUUUACUCUGCUAGUCUGAACACUGAAAAAUUGAAAAUCAUUGUGUGGGGAUGGUUGAAAGGAAGACGGGGGCUGCCUGUGUCUCUUUCUUUCUCAAUAGGAAGAAAAGAGGGGACCUAGGUAGAUAAAGAUAUCUCUCCCUCCCCUCCCCCAUCCUCUUGGAUCAGUGCUGUUCUGACUCCAUUUCUCUGAGAAAGUAGCUUUUGGAAUUGGGUUCUGGUUUCGCUUUGGGCUAGAGGUGGAUAUGGAGAGAAUGGGGGCCUUGGAGGUUCUGCCCCACAGAUCAGGGUCUGAAGACUGGAAUCCCCUUUUCCAACACACAUUUCCCACCCACCCGUGCUAGGCGCUGUGGCUGCUGCUUGGGCCUUACCCGGGUUCCCAAGCCAGCCGACUGCAUAGACACGUCAGUGCUUAGAAAACAAACUCGGCUGGCCGCACUGAACCAGACAUCCCGGUUGGAGGGCCCGAAAAUGUUCUGGCAGUCUGUGGAGAGCUCGUUUUUUUUGUUGUUGUUGGAGUAAAUAGUUAUUCCUGAUUGGUCAGGUGUAGGGUUCUUUUUAAAGGGGGGCUGGGGGGAGGCUUCAAGCACCUGCAAGUUGGGGGCAGAAAGCUGUUUGCAAUUCCCAGGGCUGGUCGGCGAGGACAUGAGGUAAUUCCCAGCCAUUGACCCCCAUUUCUCUCUCUCCCUCCUCUCUCCCUCCCUCUCGCCCUCCCUCUUUCUCUCCACCCCCAUCUUUCCUGGAAACUCGCUUUGGGCGCGGCAGACUGCCCAGGACCACACCGUGGCCUAACUGCUGGUCUCUCAGCGAGAGAGGGGGAAAGCAAAGACCCCAGUCCACAACUUGGACCUUGGCUCCCGCCCCUCUCCGGCGGAGUGGAGAUCCUAUUCAGAGGGGCCUGUCUCUCUAAAUAUGCCCCAGGUGAGUUUUGGGGGAACAGUUAUCGGUGGCAACAGUGUCCAGGAAGACCUUGGGUUCCGGCCUGGGGUGGGGGAGGCUCAGGACAGAGGCCAGUCCGGUCUCCGAUUGGGUGAGGGGAGGACGAGCCCAGAGCUGGGAAUCCGGGAUCCGUGCCUCUGUGGUUUCUAGCGGGACCCUUUCUUUUUUCAGUCCUGGGUAAAAACACCUGGCUGGACUUAGCCCCCCAGGCCGCUCCCAUCAGUCCUGGUCCUGUGCUUGCUUCACAAGGCUCCCAACUCUGGGGCAGCUAUUUCUGGGUGGUGCAGGCUGCGUGUGCCUGGGCCGCUGGCAGGAAGAAGGCCAGCCAUCCUGGCUAGUGCAGUCCCAACUCCGGUGGGCCUUGACCGGGGCCUGAGGCCUAGAGCGGAGCGCUGCUGGAACACUCCUCCACUCUGGUAGUAGCAGGGAAUAUGGUUCUGUUCUCGCGAAUGCAGCGCAGGCUUGGGGCUCCCCCGGGGGUUCGUUCGGGUGUGGGUGCAAUAUGAAGGGCAGGAAGCUAGCUCUUACCCCAGGUACCAGCGGAGGCUGUUUUCACAUGAGAAAUUUUCCCUGCCUGGAAUUGGGAGCUGCGGAGACCCCGUUGCUGCCCCCCAGGAGCUCCUGGGAUCCCUGCCUUGUUCAGACUCGAACGGAAACGUUGCGGCCAUCUGGCAACAGGAGAUGAGGAUCCGGUGUUGGGGGCUGCGAGCUGGUUCUGGGCUGCACAAAGACAGAGGAGUUGUAAUGGUCAAAAUAGUCUAGUGCGAUUCUGUUCAAAAGCUUGUCCCCAUUCCUUUGUCUUCCCCAAAUAAAAACAAAUGAACAAAGUAAAAAUCACUCGGGCUUUCCUUUCAGUAAUCUUAACCAAAGCCAAGUGAUUGGGGUUAGUCUCCUACAACCAGAGGUGCUUAUGAGUCCGCUGUUGGCUUCUUCUGGAGCAUGGACCCUUGGCAUGGGUGAUCCUGGUUGCAGAACAGCCUGCCGGGUUUUCCUAAGGUCCAGGGAUGGGCGGGGAGAGGUCGGCCACAGACCCUGGGGGCCAAUCAAAGGUUUCUCACGGGGAGCCUCCGAGAUACAGAUAUUUAUAGGCCUCUGGGGAGGGCAUUUGGGGCCAGAGUCAACUCAUCUGGAAUAUGUGCUCCUCUUGCCCCUUGGGGACCCGCGCCUACAUGAAGCCUCAGAAUUAAUCAGAGGGUAUAAAUGUGUCAUAAGGAGAGCUUGAACUCAGUCUGGUGAUUGCAGUGUGCACCGUUGGUCACUCUGGUUAGAAGCUGGGGCUGAAGCACGUGUCACCGGGCACACAACGGUGUGUGGGGACAGUAAGGAUGACGGAGCGGCCGCCGAGCGAGGCGGCCCGCAGUGACCCCCCGCUAGAGGGACGGGACGCGGCCGAGGCCCGCAUGGCCCCUCCGCACCUGGUCCUGCUGAACGGCGUCGCCAAGGAGACGAGCCGCGCGGCCCCCGCGGAGCCCCCGGUCAUCGAGCUGGGCGCGCGCGGCGGUCCGGGGGGCGGCCCCGCCGGUGGGGGCGGCGCCGCGCGGGACUUAAAGGGCCGCGACGCGGCGGCGGCGGCCGAAGCGCGCCAUCGGGUGCCCACCACCGAGCUGUGCAGACCUCCGGGGCCCGCGCCCGCCUCGGCCCCCGCGGAGCUGCCCGGCGACGGCCGCAUGGUGCAGCUGAGCCCACCCGCGCUGGCGGCCCCCGCCGCCCCCGGCCGCGCGCUGCUCUACAGCCUCAGCCAGCCGCUGGCCUCGCUCGGCAGUGGGUUCUUUGGGGAGCCAGAUGCCUUCCCUAUGUUCGCCACCAACAACCGAGUGAAGAGGAGGCCCUCCCCUUAUGAGAUGGAGAUUACUGAUGGUCCUCACACCAAAGUUGUGCGACGCAUCUUCACCAACAGCCGAGAAAGAUGGCGGCAGCAGAAUGUGAACGGGGCCUUUGCUGAGCUCCGCAAGCUGAUCCCCACACAUCCCCCAGACAAGAAGCUCAGCAAGAAUGAGAUCCUCCGCUUGGCCAUGAAGUACAUCAACUUCCUGGCCAAGCUGCUCAAUGACCAGGAGGAGGAGGGUACCCAACGGGCCAAGCCUGGCAAGGACCCCGUGGUGGGGGCUGGUGGAGGAGGCGGUGGGGGAGGGGGCGGUGCACCUGCAGACGACCUGCUGCAGGACGUGCUCUCCCCCAACUCCAGCUGUGGCAGCUCUCUGGAUGGGGCUGCCAGCCCGGACAGCUACACAGAAGAGCCGGCACCCAAGCACACGGCCCGCAGCCUCCAUCCUGCCAUGCUGCCAGCCGCUGAUGGAGCAGGUCCUCGGUGAUGGGGCCAGGGCCACUCAGGACCGGCCAGGAGGGCAGCCUCAGGCUGCUGGGACCGUGGGCUUCGGGGCAGGUGGGGUGAGGAUUGGGCAGCUCUGAAGCAGGGCAGUGGACUUGACGAGCCUUCCUUGAUGUCUGAACUUUGGGAAGUCCUAACUGCCCCGGCUGGCUUUCCUGUUUCCUGACUCAGUGGUAGAACAGAAAAAUGGAGCAAAGUGGGCCAGACUAAGCCUGGGCUGAUCUCAGGCAGACACGGACAGACCCCACGGCAGCUCCAGGAGCCCAGAUAUCAGCAGCCAGAGAGAAGGCCCAGAAGCUUUCUGCAGCCAUGUCAGCCC